AGAGGAGGCUGCUUCCCCGACACGACCCGUCCAUCCAGAGGCGCCUCCCGCUCCUUCCUCCCUGGCCUGAGGCUCCCUUCGCCGCUUCAGCCCGGCGCUUCCUCGGGCAGCCUGCCUGCGAUGAGGAGCGGGCCAGGAGAGUCCGACCCAGAGACGGGAAGGCGAGGGCGAGUCUGCCCGGAGACAGGUGACGCGGCGAGACGAGGCCGAUUCCCAUUGGCCGAUUUCUGGAAUGACCGUUAACGGCAGAAGGGCGAAGGCAAGGGCCGGGGCCGUUCCUGCCCGGAGACCGAUGACGCCGCUCUGAGAGGAAGGCGGAUUCUCAUUGGCGGACGCUGGGCGUUGGGAAGAAAGGAAAGAAGGGGCGUGUCUGUCCGCUUCUGCCUCUCUCUCUCUCUCGGGCCCCGCCCCUCUAUGGGUCUUCUGCCCGCGGCCGCCAUGUUUCUUGAGGGCGGAAGUGCAGCGAGAGGCGGGGAGACUCAGGAUGGGAGGGGCCGGGCGGCGCUCUUUCCUGUCAGCGCCUUCGAGGGAAGGAAGGAGGAGGAGGAGGCCUUUCGGAGAGAGAGAGAGAGAGAGAGGAGGAGGUAACCUCUAAAUGAACCUUAUGAAGAAAACAUUGCCCUUUGUCUUACGUCUGAAAUGAAAGUACACAGGACUAACAAGAACAAGAAAUAAGUUGGAGAAAUUAUAUUUCAAGCUACAUACCUUUGAAUGUAAGGAAAGGAAGGAUUGUGCUGUAAAAAGAGGGGUUGGUAAAGAGAAAAUAAGGCUACAGCAAUACAGAGACUGGGAAGAGGAAAUGUCCUAUUCAGGAGUCCAUAUCUGUGAACUACAAGCCAUAAUAUUUGAAUAAUAAAUGUUAAAGAAUGGAAAAUUCCUUGUCAAAAUCACACGCAGGGGAGAAGCUACAUAUUUGUAAGGACUGUGGGAAAUGUUUCAUUUGGAGAAGUUCUCUUGCUAAACAUCAACGAACUCACACAGGAGAGAAGCCAUAUAAAUGUGUGGAAUGUGGAAAGAGCUUCAGUCAGAGUGGACAUUUGCGUACCCAUCAAAAGACCCACACAGGAGAGAAACCACAUAAAUGCAUGGAAUGUGGAAAAAUCUUCAGUCAGAGUCAACAUUUGCGUUCCCAUCAAAGGGCUCACACAGGAGAGAAGCCAUAUAAAUGUGUGGAAUGUGGAAAGAGUUUCAGUCACAAUGGACAUCUGCGUAUCCACCAAAGGAUGCACACAGGAGAGAAGCCACAUACAUGCAUGGAAUGUGGAAAGAGCUUCAGUCAGAGUGUUAAUCUACGCACCCAUCAAAGGACUCACACAGGGGAGAAGCCACAUAAAUGCAUGGAAUGUGGAAAGAGCUUCAGUCAGAGUGGAGAUCUCCAUAUCCAUCAAAGGAUGCACACAGGAGAGAGACCACAUAAAUGUGUGGAAUGUGGAAAGAGCUUCAGUCGGAGUGGGCCUCUGCGUAUCCAUCAAAGGAUGCACACAGGAGAGAAGCCACAUACAUGCAUGGAUUGUGGAAAGAGCUUCAGUCAGAGUGAAUAUCUGCGCAGCCAUCAAAGGACUCACAGAGAGGAUAAACCACAUAAAUGCAUGGAAUGUGGAAAGAGCUUCAGUCAGAGUGGAGAUCUCCAUAACCAUCAAAGGAUGCACACAGGAGAGAAGCCACAUAAAUGCAUGGAAUGUGGAAAAAGCUUCACUCUGAGUCAACAUCUGCAUUCCCAUCGAAGGACCCACACAGGGGAGAAGCCACAUAAGUGCGUGGAAUGUGGAAAGAGCUUUAGUCAGAGUGGAAAUCUGCGCAUCCAUCAAAGGACUCACACAGGGGAGAAGCCACAUAAAUGCAUGGAAUGUGGAAAGAGCUUCAGUCAGCGUGGAAAUUUGUGUUCCCAUCAAAGGAUGCACACACGGGAGAACCUACAUGCAUGAAUGGAAUGUGGAAAGAGCUUCACACAAUGUUCCACAUACAUCCGACAUCAAAGUACUUUCACACAGCUAGAGACUUGUCUUUAUGUUCCUAGUUCUCCUCAAAAAUUUCCUUAGACAAGGUUCUCAGGCAGACAAAAAAAAUGGAAGAAUGGUCAAAAAAAGUCUGUCACCUUGCUCUGGAUCUGUCAUGUACAGCAGUUUGUGUGUUUUGGCUUGACUGAUUCUGGGGACAGGUCUCCAACAGAGGAGGACCUUUCUCAGUAUUGCAGAUAGUUUGGAAGGGGUUAACCCGACCUUUUCCUCCUAAAGAAAAUAACUGCAGGCUUCUGGGAUGAUCAGUGAAAGGUUUCUGAAAUAAACGGCAAUUGAGCUGUCAUGACAAAAAGGUUAUGGAAAAGAAUAGCUCUUUUGUAACAGAUAAUAUCAUACAUCUUGUUCUGGAUCUUUCCUUUGCUGCCCCUCAGAUAGAAUUCUGGACUCUGGUUUUGUUCCUAUAAUCCUAUUCUGGACUCUACCUUGAGUCAAUGACUUUAAAUUCUGGACUGACUACUUGGCUUGAUUUAUGGACUUGGACUUCAGUUUGCACCCCUGCCUCUCUGGCUUGACUUUGGAAUUCUGACUUCUGUUUGUACACUUGCAUUCAUGGUUAUUUUAUGAACUGUGGUGAAUACAUUCCUGACAUGUGAUUGUUGGACUGUGACCUUGGCAAAUUUCUGUAAAUCUGGUGGUCAUACUUUUAAUUGUAAGAAGCUUAACAUAAUAAACAUGAUAAUGAUAAUGAUAAUGUCUGCAUAGAGUAACCCCCCCUGUAGUAAAAAAGAAGCACAAUCAAAGCCCUGACAGACCGUGCACAAAGAAUCCGCAAAUCUCACCUCCUUCAAGGUGAACUAAACUACCUCAGCUGGGCUCUCCAGGCCAAUGGAGAUUCCACCACAGACAUCAGAAGAGCUGUAAGGCCAAGAACAAGCCAUGAGAGUCAAGACAAAGACCCACCCAGAGGAAAAGUGUUCUUACCAGACAUCAAGGGAACCACUGACCGCAUAGGCAAACUGAUGAAGAAACACAACCUACAAACUAUCUACAGACCCACUAAGAAAAUCCAACAGAUGAUAUAUUCAGCGGACAAGAGGGAUUCUUUCUCUUCUGUAGGAGUCUACCGUAUACCAUGCAGCUGUGGACAAGUCUACAUAGGGACCACCAAACGCAUCAACAUUGCCCAGGCAUGAGUCAAAGAACAUGAAAGGCACUGCAGACUCACUCAACCAGAGAAAUCAGCCAUAGCAGAGCAUUUGAUGAAUCAACCUGGACACAGCAUAUUAUUUGAGAACACAGAAAUGCUGGACCACUCCAACAACUAUCAUGUCAGGUGACACAGAGAAGCCACUGAAAUACACCAGCAUGUGGACAACUUCAACAGAAAGGAGGAAACCAUGAAAAUGAACAACAUCUGGCUACCAGUAUUAAAAAACUCCAAAAUCAGAACAGUAAAUAAGGAACAACACUCUGAAAACAGAAGAAUUCAAAGUUAGUUCCAGGUCCAUCAUUGGUGGAGCUCAGUAUGCUCUUAGAUUGCAGGUGGACUAUACAUCCCAGUCCCUACAAGUCGUAUAAAUGAUGGUGAAGUCUCCCCAAAGCUUUCUCUCUAGUAUGUUCAGUUGCUGAUCAAUUCCUCUGUGUGCAGUGUGCCAUGGAAAGGAAUAGGAAAGGGUUAUGGGAGAGAUAAUGGGCAGGGUCAUGCAAAUUCCACACCAAUGGAGAGUCAGAAACAAUGGGUGUCUGGUGGAGGAAAAACAGAAGAACUAAGAGGAAAUUGUCCUCGCAUGAAAGCCUUCACUUGGGUGGUGGGCAGGAUGGUGUUUGUGGAGGACAUUGGCAGGGCUCUUGGACAUUUUCACAGCGCUCGCUAUAACCUGCAAUGUCAUUGGACAGAGGGCCACUCGUUUCUCUUGCGUAGUGAAAGCUGUAGCUAUUUGUGGAAGUGGGAGUACGUCUGUGUAAAUGGACACCCCUGCCACAUACACAUAUUUUCACUUUUAUUAUGUGUAUAGAUAGUAAUAAUAACUUUAUUCUUAUAUCCCGCUACCAUCUCCCUGAAGGAACUCAGUGCGGCUUAUUUGGGGACUACACCCAGCAAAAACAAUAAAAUGUAACAAAAUUAA